AUGGCAGCUCAGAUUGAGGAGUUGUCCAAGCUACAAGUAGAUAGAACUCAAGAGCAAAUUCGUGCAGAUGCCGAAACAGCUCGAAGAAUUCAAGACGAAGAAGAUGCUAGGGAACGGUUAAGAAAGGAAACCGAAGACAAGGACCACGAGUUGGUCAAGAAAUACAAUGAGGAAGAAAAGGUCGCUCAACCGGAAUCCACAUCAGCACAAGCCUCGCACUCAAUGAAAACAAGGAACAAGAAUAAACGUAAGAAGAUUGUGAGCUUGCUGCAUCAGGUGGAACAAAGCGAUAUCGAAGAGUUUCAACCGGAUGAACAAUUUGAGGAACCUCUAAAUGAAGAAGAAGAGGAAGAUGCUACACGACUUAACCCGCGAAAGAAGAAAGCAGUUGAGACAUCAACUGCAUCUCCAAGUUCCAGUCCGACUGUUGCCCAAUCAUCUCGUCCACCCAGACCAAUAGGCGGUGCCUUCCGGUUCAACCAGUGA